AUAGGCAACUGAAAUAUGGUGUGCCCGUAUAAGUUUUUUUAUUUAUUAAGUGUUUCUGAUUUUAUGUUAUAGUUUAAAUAGAAUUAGAACCAUGUCGCUUCUGGAGAGCUUAAAAGAAUUAGGCUGGCAUCUCACACAGGAAGGGAUUGAUACUAUUAGCGAAAAUGGUGAAAUACAGGAUGUAAAUAUCAUUAGCCGAAAGGCUUUAGACUAUGAUUUGAGGGAAAUCGGAGAUGCUGCAUUUCCGGAAGAAUUUACAAAAGAUCCUACUAAACUGGAACAACCGAUAGUCGUUCAAAUACAGAAGAUAAGAAAUGUGUCAGCACCAAAGGCUAAUGAAGAAUCUAAUUCAGCCCCUCGAAUGUUGAAGUUGACACUACAUGAUGGGAAAACAAUUUGUACAGGAUUGGAGAGCAGUCAUAUUUCCAACCUUAGUAUUAAUACACCACCAGGUACAAAGUUGUUGCUCAAUAAUGAAGGCCUUGAAGUAUGCCAUGGUAUCAUCUGGCUAUCUCCAAGUGUUAUAACAAUAUUGGGUGGAAAGGUUGCUCAUAUGAUUGAAAAAUGGGAACUAAAUCGGAGCCUUGCAAAGCAUACUAGAGGUGGUAUAGGUGCGGAAGGUGGACCUCCUCCAUGGAUUCCAUUUGGCCAGCGGCUUGAAGCAAUGACCUUGGAAAAACAGUUCAAGAGCUUACAGGAAGCUAACAAACAGGACAAUGCUGAGUUUGAAGCUCAAAGAAAAGGUGCAAUAGCUGAAGCUCAAAGGUUAUCAGGUGUUAAAAAGGUGUUUGGUGGAGGUACUAAACCUUUACUGGAUGCAAAUGUCCAAAAGAUUGUUGAUGCUGGAUUUUCUGAGGAGCAAGCUGAAAAUGCUCUUAAAUAUACAAAAAAUAAUGUUGACAGGGCUCUGAGGAUAUUGCAAAAGAGAGAUAAUUCUGAAAACAGAAGUAAGGAUAAAGAUAAGAAAGAGACAGAGCCACCUAAACGUAAACCUCGCCACAGGGAUCAAACUGAUGAUGAUAUUGUACCUAUUAAGCCAUCAGGCAUGGUGUCCCUAUUUGAUUUUCUAGAAGACAAACUACCCAAUAUUCCAGAUAAAGACAAGAGUACCCAAAAAAAUGUCCCAACUGAUGAUAGAGGAGAUAGGAACUAUCCUAAGGAGAGAAACAGUGCCAAAAGUAGUUCAAGAUCACACAGAUAUGAUGGAGCCAACAGGCAUAAAUCAGAAGGCAGAGGGCAUUAUUCAAAUGAUAAUCAUCACAGAGAUGACAGAAAGUAUCAAAAUCAAAAUGAAAAACCACCAAGAUUUCAGAAGAAGUUGGAUGAGAGAAAUAAACAGCACCAACACCAUCACAAUCAUCAUCAGAAUCAUCACCAUCACCAACAACAACAGCAGCAGCAACAGCAGCAACAACAACAACAGCAACAACUACAUCAACAACACCAACAUCAGCAGCAACAAGAUGUUAAUGUCAAUAUGAACUUACAGUACAACAACUCCUAUCACAACCCACAUAAUAAUCCUUACGAUCACAGUAGAUAUAAUGAAAGAAAUGUUAAUGAUAAUAAUAUACAAUUGCCCCAAAACUUUCGGAACAACAGCAAUGUGAUGGACAGUUUAACCGAAGCUACGGCUAAUUUAAAUAUACUAUCAAACUCAUCAAGGCAUAGCGAAGAUAUGUCACGUAACUAUCAAACACAUCAAGAUCAGAUGUACCUCAAGCAACAAUAUAUGCCUAAUCAGAACAUGCAAGACAUGACUGGUUACCGGAGGGCCAAUGAUAUGCAGAAAUAUCCAGACCAACAGUAUCAACGGAGGCAGCAACAACAGUCAAAUGGCUAUAUGGAACCACAGCAAAAUUUGCAAAAUCCGAUGUACGCGAAUAUGAAUUACAUGGGAGGGGCACAGAGUGGGUAUAAUGGAAGGCAAUAUGGCUAUGGAAGACCGCAAGAGUAUAACACGAUGCGACCUGCUGGGCCAUUCCUACCGGGCUCUCUGCUUGGCUUCCAAAAUGCAGCUGUCAAUGAACAAGCUCGAGCUCUGCUUGGUGUCACUGACGUCAAUUGGAAAGUAGGGGACAGAUGCCUCGCGCUCUAUUGGGAAGACAAUAAUUUCUAUGAGGCUGAGGUGACGGGAAUUUCAGCUAAUACAGUAGUUGUUAAAUUUUGUGCAUAUGGUAACCAUGAAGAAGUUUUAAAAUCUAACUGUUUGCCAUUCCCUAAUCAAUCAGUGGGUGGCAGCGGAGGGUACGUGUCGCGCGGCGGCAUGUUCCCCGCGCGCCGGCCGUAGGGACACGCCGCGGCGACGCGGGCGCGCCCCGCCGCCCCCGCCCCCGCCGCGCCCAGCUGACCGCGCUCUCGCUCACACGCACCGCGCUCACCCUUUACCCAACGAUGUCUCGCUCUAACGAUCUGUCAAUACAUUCACAUUCACUUAUGUUGUCCUAGUACAGUUUCAAUAUACAGUAUGUUACAUAAAUCCUGUUUCGUUUUUGUAUCAUUAAUUCAAUUUUACUGUAAGAAAAUUUUACUAUUAAAUAUGUCAUUUUGCCGUUCAUUCUUUACGCUAUCAUAUGUAACUAACACAAAAAUAUAGACUUUAGUUUAGUUUUUAGCUAGUUUAGCUGAAAGUAUUUCUCGCGAAUCGAAUGGGUCUGAUUGUUAUGGCCUAAACCAGUGAUAUCCCAAGCUUUCUUUUUAUUUGUUACCAUAAUAGUAGCGAAUUCUUAACGUACAUUUGGUUAUUUGUAUAAUUGUUAAUAUAUGUAAAUUAAUAAAAAAAUUUAUAGCCCUAAUUUUUAUCCCGGAUCUAACAGGGUUUUUGAAACAUACUGUUUGUAUGAAGCCUAUGUCCAUUGAUUUUUUUUAACUUUAAUAAAUAAUGUAUAAUUUACAGUGUCAUUGUAGCCAUCUUACAUUAAAGCAAGGGAUUUUUAUUUUGAAAAGAAUAUGCAUACUUUAAUCUCUAUUGCACUAUUAAGUAAGUAGUUAAUUUAGCGCGUAAAGUUACGCAAUAGUCAUUCAUUCACUUACUUGUGCGACUAUGUUCAUAGUGAAUACUCUGUGACAUUUCGUUGGAUGAAAAUGUUCACUUCAUAAAGAAGUAUAACUUCUAAUAUAAUCUUCGGAGACGUCGAUUGGGAAAAGCUCGCAUCAUAUUUUAUUUAUAACACGUCACGAUGCUGCGUGCAUAUCGCAAUAUGACACUCAAUAAAGCGUUUUUUUUCUGUUUUUGUUAUGUACAGUAUUUAAAAAAAUGCAGUACUGUGAGAAAAUUAAUAAAAUUGCAUAAUAAAAUAUUAUUCUGAUGUUUACGUUAAUAUUUCGCCUAAGUCUUAGUUUGUGAAUCUCGCAAUAUAUUUGUGCAUAGCACGUUGCCCUUAGCAUUAUAGUUAUAAUUUACUAAUUAGAGAUUUGAAUACAUUGUGUACACUGACCUCUAUAAAUAGACAGACUAUAAAAUGUGAUAUUUGCGCCUAUUUGAUUUUCAACAUUAUGGUGCAAAUGGUAGCGGUGGUGAGGUUGGAACGAAGCGAAUCAUUUCCCUGCAAUGACAUAUCUAUUUAUAGAGGUCAAUGAUUGCGUGUGUUGCAACACUAAUAUAUAAAAAAAUAUUUCAUUCGUGAAUUCUAAUAUUUGGAUGUAAGCAAGUAAGUGGAUAGAAGAUACUUUAACACGUACAUUGCCGCCGACUUGCGAUUUGCAAUACAAAAAACCGUAAUGGAAUGGAGUGUUGAG